UUACUUUUAACUGUAAUGUUAUUUAGUAAAAAAAAAAAAAGUAACUGUCAUUUUAUUUCUCAUAACUCCUUUCUUUUGCAGCAUGGAUUUGCAAGAAAUAUGGAAUGGUCUUUAGUGGAUUCUCAAAACAAUGAGGGCAAGCCUGUUGUAACCUUGGAACAUAAGGAUGAUCCCUACAGUCGUUCGAUGUGGGAUUUUAGCUUUCAAGCUUUAUACAAGGUCACUUUACAUGCUAGGAGUCUUUCUACAACCUUAUCCAUCACAAACACAGACAAGAAGCCCUUCUCUUUUACCACAGCGUUGCACACAUACUUUAGUGCUUCUAUCUCAGGAGUAAAAGUUAAAGGUCUCAAAGGUUGCAAGACUCUGAACAAGGAUCCAGACCCUGCCAAUCCUUUAGAGAGCAAAGAGGAAAGGGAUGUAGUUACAUUUCCUGGAUUUGUUGACUGCAUUUACCUGGGUGCAACUGAUGAGCUACAGCUUGAAAAUGGGUUGGGUGAUACCAUAACCAUCAGGAAUACCAACUGGCCUGAUGCAGUCUUAUGGAACCCGCACACUCAAAUGGAAUUCAGUUACAGAGAUUUUGUCUGCGUUGAAAACGCACAGAUCGAUAGAGUUCUACUGAAGCCUGAUCAAUCAUGGGUUGCAGACCAACACAUAUGGGCUAACUGAUUGAUACUUUUUUUUUUCUUUUUUUUUUGAGAUUUAUACCAAUAAACAGUCUGCUUUGAGUAUCCAAACUUUAAUUAAGCUG